AUGCGAAGCCCGAGCGCGGCGUGGCUGCUCGGGGGCGUCCUCCUGCUGGCGGCCUCUGCCUCCUGCAACCGCACCGUCGCAGGAGACAAGAGACUGUCUAAAGGAAGAAGCCUCAUUGGUAACGUGGAUAAGUCACCUGUGGUCACUGGCAGAGGCGUGACAGUGAAACCAGGCUUUUCCGUGGAUGAGUUUUCUACCUCCGUCCUCACUGGAAAGCUGACCACUGUCUUUCUUCCAGUUGUCUACACGAUCGUAUUCGUGGUUGGUUUGCCAAGCAAUGGCAUGGCCCUGUGGGUCUUUGUUUUCCGAACAAAGAAGAAGCACCCCGCUGUGAUUUACAUGGCCAACCUGGCCUUGGCCGACCUCCUCUCGGUUACCUGGUUCCCUUUGAAGAUCGCGUAUCACAUCCAUGGCAACAACUGGAUUUACGGGGAGUCUCUUUGCAAGGUGCUCAUUGGCUUUUUCUACGGCAACAUGUACUGCUCCAUCCUCUUCAUGACCUGCCUCAGCGUGCAGAGAUACUGGGUCAUCGUGAACCCCAUGGUGCACCCCAAGAAGCAGGCAAACAUUGCCAUCGGCGUCUCCCUGGGAAUAUGGCUGCUCAUUCUGCUGCUUACCAUCCCCUUGUACGCCGUAAAGCAGACCUCCUACAUCCCGGCCCUUAACAUCACGACCUGUCACGACGUUUUGCCGGAGGAGGUGCUGGUGGGAGACAUGUUCAACUACUUCCUGUCUCUGGCCAUUGGAGUCUUUCUGUUCCCAGCCUUCCUCACGGCCUCGGCCUACGUGCUCAUGAUCCGGACCCUCCAGUCUUCUGCCAUGGAUGAGAGCUCAGGAAAGAAGAGGCGGAGGGCCAUCAAGCUCAUUGUCACCGUCCUGGCCAUGUACCUGAUCUGCUUCACGCCCAGUAACCUUCUGCUCGUGGUGCACUACUUCCUGAUUAAGACCUGGGGCCAGAGUCACGUCUACGCCCUGUACAUCGCGGCCCUCUGCCUCUCCACCCUCAACAGCUGCAUCGACCCCUUUGUCUAUUACUUCGUUUCACAGGACUUCCGGGACCACGCCAAGAACGCUCUUCUCUGCCGGAGCGUCCGUACUGUAAAGCGGAUGCAGGUAUCCCUCUCCUCAAAGAAAUUCUCGGGGAAAUCCAGCUCUUACUCUUCAAGUUCGACCAGUGUCAAAGGCUCCUACUGA